GGCACUGUGGGAUGACAGCGGACUCUGGCUGACAAGUAAGCCCUUGCCACAGCUAGGCAGAGAGCAUUGAGCUCGAGCUGGAGGAGGAAGAGGAGGAGGAGGAGGAGGGGGAAAGGAGGAAGAGAGGCACAAGGGGCAGUUCCCCCACCCUGGUGGCAUCAUGCCCCUUGCCACAGCCAGAGUGACCAGGCGGCUGGUUCAAGGGGUCACGGCCAAAAGAGCGGCAGUGGCACUGCUGGUGGCGGCGUAUGGCGCCAAGAAGUUGUACCCAAUCUUGCGACGGCAGUGGGCUACCUCUGACCUCCGGGUGAACUCUAACCCAACAGGAAACUCCAAGUGCGGGGCACCCGAUGAGGCGACGGCAUCCCCACCUGGCGUGAACAAGGUGUUCUUCCUCCGCCUCUUGCGCCUGCUGCGGCUGUUGUUCCCUGGGCCGCUGUGCCGGGAAACGGGGCUCCUGGCUUUGCAUUCCGCUGCUCUGGCCAGCCGCACUUUCCUCUCGGUGUACGUGGCCCAGCUGGACGGGCGUUUGGCCCGCUGCAUCGUCCGCAAGAACCCGCACGACUUUACGUGGCAGCUUCUCCAGUGGGUCCUCAUUGCCCUCCCGGCCACCUUUGUCAACAGUGCCAUUCGGUACCUAGAGGGGCAGCUGAGUCUGGCCUUCCGUGGACGCUUGGUGGACCAUGCCUACCAGCUCUACUUUGAGGGCCAGACCUAUUACCGGGUCAGCAAUAUGGAUGGACGCCUGCGCAACCCAGACCAGUCUCUCACAGAAGAUCUGGUGGCCUUCGCCAACUCCGUGGCCCACCUCUACUCAAACCUCACCAAGCCGGUGCUUGAUCUUGUUGUGACUUCCUAUACCCUGCUCAGUUCAGCCAGAUCAAAGGGAGCUGACACAGCCUGGCCCUCGGUUAUUGCCGGAAUGGUGGUUGGCAUCACUGCCAAGGUGCUGCGUGACUGUUCGCCAAAGUUUGGCCAGCUGGUGGCUGAGGAGGCACGGCGGAAAGGGGAGCUUCGCUACAUGCAUUCCCGGGUGGUGGCCAACUCCGAAGAGAUUGCCUUCUAUGGGGGGCACAAGGUGGAGCUGUCCCUUCUAUGGCACUGUUAUCGCAACCUGGCCUCCCAGAUCAACGUGCUGCUCCUAGAACGGCUAUGGUACGUCAUGCUGGAGCAGUUCCUCAUGAAGUACGUGUGGAGUGCUGCUGGGCUGGUCAUGGUGGCGGUGCCCAUCAUCACCGCCACUGGCUACUCUGAGUCAGACUCAGAGGCGGUGAAGCAAGCUGCACUGGAAAUGGAGGAGAAAGAGCUGGUGAGCUUGAGAACCGAAGCCUUCACCACAGCCCGGAAUCUGCUGACUGCAGCAGCGGACGCUGCGGAGAGGGUCAUCUCUUCCUACAAAGAGGUGACCGAGCUGGCAGGGUACACCGCUCGCGUAUACGAGAUGUUCCAAGUGUUUGAGGAUGUGAAAUCCUGCAACUUCCGGCGUCCUGGAGAGCUCGAGGAGGGGCAGGCACGUGCUGGGGCAGUGAUGAGGCAUGGUGUACGUGUAGAGGGACCGCUCCAGAUACAAGGGCGUGUGGUUGAUGUUGAUAGUGGAAUUAUCUGUGAAAACAUCCCCAUCAUCACUCCCACCGGAGAUGUGGUGGUCACCAGGCUCAACAUCCGGGUGGAAGAGGGCAUGCACCUGCUGAUCACAGGCCCGAAUGGCUGUGGGAAAAGCUCCCUGUUCCGCAUCUUGGGGGGCCUCUGGCCGACGUAUGAAGGCAUCCUCUACAAACCACCCCCCCAUCGUAUGUUCUACAUUCCACAGAGGCCAUACAUGUCUGUGGGGACCCUGAGGGACCAGGUGAUCUACCCAGACACGGCAGAGGACAUGGCGGAGAAAGGACAGACAGAAGCUGACCUGGAGCAGAUCCUGGGCAUUGUCAACCUCAACUACAUUGUGCAGCGGGAGGGAGGCUGGGAAGCCGUCAGCGACUGGAAGGAUGUGCUUUCAGGUGGCGAGAAGCAACGAAUGGGGAUGGCCCGGAUGUUCUAUCACAGGCCAAAGUACGCCCUCCUGGAUGAAUGCACCAGCGCGGUCAGCAUCGACGUAGAAGGCAAGAUCUUCCAAGCUGCGAAGGAUGCUGGGAUAGCCCUGCUCUCGAUUACCCACCGGCCUUCGCUAUGGAAGUACCACACCCACCUGCUCCAGUUUGACGGGGAGGGCGGCUGGCGCUUUGAGAAGCUGGACCCAGCAGCCCGUCUCUCCCUGCGGGAGGAGAAGCAGCGCCUGGAGCAGCAGCUGGCCGGAGUCCCCGAAAUGCAGCACCGUCUCAGCGAACUUUGCCAGAUCCUGGGCGAAAACGCAGUCCCUGAGGUGGGCGGGCUCUGAGGACCGGGCCCUCUUCGACAUCCCCUCCCUGCUCCUGCCACAGCUCGGCCAGAGGGAUCCUGGCUGCUCCCUUCUCCUCUCAGGAGGGCCCCAGCUGUCGUCCAGGCGAAAGAAGGAGUCAUGAAGGAGUCGUUCCGUUUCUCCCUGCUGGGGCACCAUGUCUUUCUGGCACCCACUUAUUGUGCACUUGGUAACCUUCCUUGACUUCCCUGCCUCAGUUUAGGGUUGGAAGGAGGGAAGGUGGGGUCUGGCCCCGUCCUGUCAAGCAUCUCUGAAGUCUGCCCUCCUCCGUGGAAGAUGGACUUCCCAUACACACAGUGCCUGAAUACCCCAAGAUAGCAACUCCAACGCUCCUCACUGCUGUGAGUGGUGUUGCCCACUGCCAGUUUCUGUCCUCCGUAUCCACUGACGUUUGGGGGCAAGUUCCCAGCGGGGGCAGCCGGCGCCAGUGCCGCCCCACAGGCCCAGGAGCUUCAGCUGGGCCAAUUGUCGCCUUUCUUCACAAAACAGCCGCACAAUGUUGGAUGUGAACCGAAGCCAUGAAUGUAGCUUUUGCAACUCUCUUCCCCCCUUCCUUUUUUUGGGCCACAGCUGAGCAGCCAUGGUUGGCUGCAACCCUGACCCCCUGGAGCCCAACUGGAGGAAGGCCUGCUUCCUGCUCUGGAUUGGCACUCAGGUGGAACGACCCACAGGGGCAGCAAGUUUAGAACUUCACAUUCUAGGCCAGUUGUUUUUCACCGCCUCCUGUGAAACCCUGGCCUUCCUCAGAGGCUUACAAGGAGUUCUUCAGUGAGAAGAUGGGUGAUGCUGAGCAGGCUGCCUAAAAGACCUCAUGUCCAUGACGGACUGACCUUCCACGGCUGUGUUGGGAUUUGGGGCUCAUUCUUGAGUACCCUCGACUGGUGCUGUGGCUCAUAGGUCUGCCCGGUGCCCUGUACAAACAGAGGGUGCGCCCUACAAUACAUCCCAGAAUCCUUUGCACUGCGCAGAGAUCCCAGAGCUGACACUCAGUGGUUCUCCCACAGAUAAACUGAAGUGGAAAAGGUUCCCUGAGGAAGGAAGUUUUGAAUAUUGCUGUUUGAAGCUAACUUGGCACCCCCUUGGGUGCCACAGAGCUGCACUUAGAAUAUAAAGCCCUUCCUGAGGCCUUCUCCACAUGUCUUCUAAUACCUGGCAACACCUUCACUUUUUGGAGGAAAUUCUCCUUAAUUUGAGGGAGAUUGCAGUAAUCCCACUGACAUUGCCAAAACUGAUACCGGGGUGGGUGGGGAGGGAGUGCCAUAGGAAGGCCACCACAGAAUGCCCUGUGGUUUUACCUUAUAACAUUUUCUACUGGAAUCUAUUGACUUGAUUUAAACACACCUCACCCUUCCAGGUUCGUUUCCCUUAAAAUAUGUAAGGGGGUACAGGAAAGCUCCAGGGGUCAUUUCCCCCCCCCCCCAUUCAAUUCAACCAGGACAUAUAGACUUAUUUUUGUAUACAAACAACGGGGCCUCUGCCAAUGCCGCUGCGUUGUUUCAGCAUUGCAGCCUGCCUCCGCAUAAGGAGGAGCACGGAAACCCAGGCCUCUUUACCUCUUGCCGCUGUGUGAUGUGAUUGAGAGAGAGGGCCCGGGCAGGAAAAGGAUCAGCCAGGUUACCUUUUGUAAGAUCUGGAGUGGAUGGUGGCCCUCCACUGCAGUGAUGCCAGUGUUGGUCUGCACACACAGGCUUCUAAUUUCACAAAGCAAACAAAAAAACUGAGCCCUCUUGUAAUUACUCAUGAAGGUAGAUUCUCUUGUUAUUUUUGUUUAAAGACUCACUGCCAGUUGUGUUUUGUGUAUGAAAUUACAGACCAGCAAGCUAGCAGAAAUGUGUGCUCAGCCGUGCUUUUAAAUGAGCAUCAGCUACAGCCAUCACAGAGAAUGUUUCAAAAUCCUAAGCUGCCCCCUUUUCUAGCUAGGGUCAGGCUUUGACUUAGACCCUGCAGAACACUUUUUGUUCUGCAUUCCUCUGUCCCUUCUCUCCUCUCUGCAGUUUCGCAUAGGUGUUUCCUUUCUCUCUCCUGACCUGCCCUUCCCACUUUUGCCGCAGUUUCUGAGCGUGCUUCAUUCUGGCACCCUCCCCUCCACCCUGCGCCACAUUUUCCUGAGACAGAGAAGAAGCCUGGUUGUGUAGCAGAAAGAAGCCAACUGCUAGCCCAUUUCCCCUCUCUAGUGAACCUUCUUGCACUGCCCUGUGCUCCUGCAUCACACCAAGCCCUGGUGCUUGACAACCAGGCAGACUGGCAUCCAUACCCGACAUACAUGGGCUAAUGGCUGCUUUGCCCUCCCAUUUGUGAAUUUACUUGGCAGCUGCAGCCAGUCUGGGAAGCUGGCCACUGCAUGAAAUUUCCCACAGUUGUUCCAGAGUGUCUGACUUAGCAUUGCUCCAGGGCAUUGUGGGAACUUAACAUCCCUGGGUGACACCCCAGACCCAGCCACAGAUGCCAGGUAAGCCUCUAGUUGAAAGGCCCUGCAAGGAGCCUCUCACUAGGUGCCCUUUCAAACCUGGUCUCGGCCUGAGACCUCUGUUGUUGUUUUUGCAGUCCCAGGCAAGCAAGCAAAACCAGGAGUGUUUAUCACUCACCUGAGCAAUAGUCACCAUGGGCUGCAUUCAGCCUAGCAGCUUACAAGUUGUGCAGGCUCAAUCUGCUUGGUGCUCCCCGUUAAAUCUGGCACCCUACUUUGCCGACAGGUGAGCCAUCCCUAAUUGGGAGAGAUGUGUCGUUCCUGAAACAGCACAUUGCCUCUGGAGGAGUUAAGAUGUCAGCAAGGAAAGUGGAUACAUGCAAUGCAUAUGUGCGUGCAAAGAGACUCGCUGCCCAGUCCUGUCACAUUCAUAGGGAGAUCACAGUAGCCAAGGCAUGUUCAGAUCUUUGAGUCGCCGGAGGUUCUUGACAGUGCCUCUGUCCAAGUUUGGCAAGGAUUGAGCCACAAGGCACCACCAUUAAUGUUAAACUUGCUGACACACAGCGGAGCGUGUUAAACCUUGAGCCUGUUAGCUCAUUGUAGGGCCCUGCUUCUUAGUUUGCGGCCAGGGGCCACUUCGGGCACUGCUGGAUCUGUCCAAGCAAGCCUUUGCCACUUCUCCUCCCUCUGCUCAUGCAGUUCCUCCCACACCUUUCUCUAUUGUUUGCAGGGACUGCUGGUGCCGUGGUCCCUGCUGGCCCAAUACUCCUACGUAAAGAAACACAGACAGCCCCGUAAGACUGGCUACCAGUUGCCGGUUCAGUUGCAGUUUUGCUUCCUUCAUGUGGGCAAUCACGGAAUUAAACUCAAGGACAUUAUAAGAAGCACAGGGGCCAAGUCUCCAGCCAAUUUCGGCUCUGGGAGCCCCACCCAAGCCACCAUAACCGAACAUUUUUGAGUGCCACAUUUGGUUCAGAUCCACCACAGCUUGCAAGGAGCUCUCAUAUUUUUAAAUAACCCCUCUCUCUCUCUCUCUCUCUCUCUCUCUCUCUCUCUCACACACACACACACACACACACACACACACACACACACAAAAUCAAAGGAAGGUGGAAACCUCCCUGCACAUUUCAAAACACAGCAGAGAGAGGGAGAACUUGAGCCAGAGCUUUUCUCCCUGGUGUGCUAGUUUUCUACUUGCAGGGAGACUGUACAUGUGAACAUUCAAAACUAGUGUCUUCCCCACCUGCAGUUUGAAGUAGUACAGCUGCAAGUGUAGAUCAAGCUGUUGGUUUCUCAAAAGCAGAGAGAAAACCAUAUCCACGUUGCUCCUUCCGCAGGCUUUGAACAGGGAAUGUGACAGUUCAGGCUGGUGAUUUCUCUCUGACCCCCGCCAGCAGCGUCUUGCAUUAGCUGCCAUUGCCAGAGGGAGUCAUAGCAGCUUGUGUCCUCCAUUGAUUCAGAUCCUGUCAUUUCAUUCCUGGUCUCCAAACGAACAAGUUAAGUCAAGCCCUUUACAGGUAUGCACAGACCUAGACCCAGGCCCUGCCAGAGUGAAAUCUUUGCAUUUGCCCGUUCUAGAACAGCUCUGCAAUUCUAUAAACACACGAGAGCAGACAGAACUUCUGAAAUGAGUUUAAGAUGCCGAUACCCUUGGGAGAAGAGGGUUCAACUUUUUUUGGUCUUCUCUUAUUGUAUAAUUCGCUAAUUUAAUUGCAGAGUGUCUGGGUGUUCCGUCAGAUAUUUUCAAACAUACUUUGUGAAUCCUUUUUUGGGGGGGGGCAUCUUUUUAGCCUGCCAUCCACUGUAUGAAACCCCAAACGAGCAAACAAUGCAAUUUUAUUGCUUUUGACUGGGGGAGAAAGCCAAAGAAUGUGCCACGGAGAUUGAGUGUGUGUGUCAAAAUUUAAGACUCUCGUAGUGGUAUGAUGCUGUACCCCCAUCUGCUGGCUCUGAUGUCAGAAUUUUACAAACUAUGCAACAAAGACUUCCUUUCUCUGCUGUUUUGUACGUGCAGAACUGCCACCCCAGCCCACCCCUUUCUCCUAUCCUCACAGUGCCUUUUACGCUGGCAAAGGCCAGGUUUAUUCAGAUGAUGACAAUAAAAUAUUAUAGAUCACAAACA